GCGCGCCCCGGCUCUGCCUCGCGGAGCACUCGGCGGCGGCGCGGCGCGUGAGGGGCCGCCUCGGGCCGAGCGGGCGCCGCCAACAUGUCGGACACCAAGGUAAAAGUUGCCGUCCGGGUCCGGCCCUUGAACCGACGAGAGCUGGAGCUGAACACCAAGUGCGUGGUGGAGAUGGAAGGGAACCAGACGGUCCUGCAUCCUCCUCCCUCCAACAGCAAGCAGGGAGAAAGGAAACCCCCCAAGGUAUUUGCAUUCGAUUAUUGCUUUUGGUCCAUGGAUGAAUCUAACACUACAAAAUAUGCUGGGCAAGAAGUGGUUUUUAAGUGCCUUGGGGAAGGAAUUCUUGAAAAAGCCUUUCAGGGGUAUAAUGCAUGUAUUUUUGCGUAUGGACAGACAGGUUCAGGAAAGUCCUUCUCUAUGAUGGGCCAUGCAGAGCAGCUGGGUCUUAUUCCCAGGCUCUGCUGUGCUUUAUUUAAAAGGAUCUCUGUGGAGCAAAAUGAAUCACAGACUUUUAAAGUUGAAGUAUCCUAUAUGGAAAUUUAUAACGAGAAGGUUCGGGAUCUUCUAGACCCCAAAGGGAGUAGACAGUCUCUUAAGGUUCGAGAGCAUAAAGUAUUGGGACCAUAUGUAGAUGGUUUAUCUCAGCUGGCUGUCACUAGUUUUGAGGAUAUUGAGUCAUUGAUGUCUGAGGGAAAUAAGUCUCGAACAGUAGCUGCAACCAACAUGAAUGAAGAAAGCAGCCGCUCACAUGCGGUGUUCAACAUCAUCAUCACACAGACACUGUAUGACCUGCAGUCUGGGAACUCAGGAGAGAAAGUCAGUAAGGUCAGCUUGGUAGACCUGGCAGGGAGCGAAAGAGUGUCUAAAACUGGAGCUGCGGGUGAGCGACUGAAAGAAGGCAGCAACAUUAACAAAUCACUUACAACCUUGGGGCUGGUUAUAUCCUCACUGGCUGACCAGGCGGCUGGCAAGGGUAAAAACAAAUUUGUGCCUUACAGAGAUUCAGUCCUCACUUGGCUCCUUAAGGACAAUCUGGGUGGCAACAGCCAGACUUCUAUGAUAGCUACCAUUAGCCCUGCUGCAGACAACUAUGAGGAGACCCUCUCCACAUUAAGAUACGCAGAUCGAGCCAAGAGAAUUGUGAACCAUGCCGUUGUGAACGAAGACCCCAAUGCCAAAGUCAUCCGAGAACUUCGGGAGGAAGUAGAGAAGCUGAAGGAGCAGCUCUCACAGGCUGAGGCCAUGAAAGCCCCUGAACUGAAGGAGAAGCUUGAAGAGUCUGAAAAGCUGAUAAAAGAACUAACAGUGACAUGGGAAGAGAAGCUGAGGAAAACAGAAGAGAUUGCACAGGAGAGACAACGCCAACUGGAGAGCAUGGGGAUUUCCCUGGAGACGUCUGGCAUCAAGGUGGGGGAUGACAAGUGCUACUUAGUCAACCUGAAUGCAGACCCUGCUCUCAAUGAACUUCUGGUUUAUUAUUUGAAGGAUCACACCAGGGUGGGUGCAGACACCUCCCAGGAUAUACAACUGUUUGGAAUAGGGAUUCAGCCUGAGCACUGUGAGAUCAACAUCGCAGGUGAUGGAGACAUCACUCUUACGCCUAAAGAAAAUGCAAGGUCCUGUGUGAACGGCACUCUGGUGUGCAGUGCCACUCAGCUGUGGCACGGCGAUCGAAUCCUAUGGGGAAAUAACCACUUUUUUAGAAUUAAUUUACCUAAGAGGAAACGGCGAGAUUGGCUGAAAGACUUUGAAAAAGAAACAAGUCUGGCAGAGCAUGAACUGGACACAGCCAGUGAGGCAUCUUCAGAGCCAGACUAUAACUAUGAAUUUGCACAGAUGGAAGUUAUCAUGAAGACGCUGAAUAGUAACGACCCAGUUCAAAAUGUGGUUCAGGUCCUGGAGAAGCAGUACCUGGAAGAAAAGAGAAGUGCACUGGAGGAACAGCGGCUCAUGUACGAGCGGGAGCUGGAGCAGCUCCGCCAGCAGCUCUCACCUGAGAGGCAGCCGCCCAGCAGUGGCCCCAGCCGCCUGGCCUACAGCAGCCAGACAGCGCAGCAGAAGGUGACCCAGUGGGCCGAGGAGAGGGAUGAACUCUUUCGGCAAAGCCUAGCAAAACUCCGGGAGCAGCUAGUUAAAGCGAAUACCCUGGUACGGGAGGCAAACUUCUUAGCUGAGGAAAUGAGCAAACUCACCGAUUACCAAGUGACUCUUCAGAUCCCUGCUGCCAACCUCAGUGCCAAUAAAAAGAGAGGCUUAAUAGUGAGCGAACCAGCUAUUCAAGUGAGGAGAAAAGGAAAGAGCACCCAAGUUUGGACCAUUGAGAAGCUGGAGAAUAAAUUAAUUGAUAUGAGAGACCUUUAUCAAGAAUGGAAGGAAAAAAUCCCUGAGGCAAAGAGACUGUAUGGGAAACGAGGUGACCCUUUUUAUGAAGCGCAAGAGAAUCACAACCUCAUCGGUGUGGCCAAUGUGUUCUUGGAAUGCCUUUUCUGUGACGUGAAAUUGCAGUAUGCAGUCCCCAUCAUCAGCCAGCAGGGGGAGGUUGCCGGCCGCCUCCACGUGGAAGUGAUGCGCAUGACCGGAUCCGUCCCGGAACGUGUGGUGGAGGAUGACUCCUCAGAGAACUCCAGUGAAAGCGGGAGCCUGGAAGUCAUGGACAGCAGCGGAGAAAUCAUUCAUCGAAUCAAAAAGCUGACCUGCCGGGUAAAAAUCAAAGAGGCAACUGGGCUGCCCUUAAGCCUGUCAAACUUUGUCUUCUGUCAGUACACGUUCUGGGACCAGUGUGAGUCCACUGUGGCUGCCCCCAUGGUGGACCCGGAUGUGCCAUCACUGCAGACCAAGGACGCCCAGUACACAGUGACCUUCGCCCACUGUAAGGACUACGUGGUGAAUGUCACCGAAGAGUUCCUGGAGUUCAUUUCAGAUGGAGCCCUGGCAAUUGAAGUGUGGGGCCACCGGUGUGCUGGGAAUGGCAGCUCCGUCUGGGAGGUCGAUUCUCUUCACGCCAAGACGAGAACGUUGCAUGACAGGUGGAAUGAAGUAACUCGAAGAAUAGAAAUGUGGAUCUCCAUAUUGGAAUUGAAUGAGUUAGGGGAAUACGCUGCAGUCGAACUGCAUCAGGCAAAAGAUGUCAACACAGGAGGCGUCUUUCAGCUCAGACAGGGUCAUUCCCGUAGAGUGCAAGUCACCGUAAAACCCGUACAGCAUUCAGGGACGCUGCCGCUCAUGGUUGAAGCUAUCUUGUCGGUAUCUAUCGGCUGUGUAACUGCUAGGUCCACCAAACUCCAAAGAGGGCUGGACAGUUACCAGAGAGAUGAUGAGGAUGGUGAUGAUAUGGAUAGUUAUCAGGAAGAAGACUUAAAUUGCGUAAGAGAGAAAUGGUCAGAUGCACUCAUCAAACGACGAGAAUACUUAGAUGAGCAGAUUAAAAAAGUGAGCAAUAAAAAAGAGAAAACAGAGGAUGAUGUGGAGCGGGAGGCCCGGCUUGUGGAGCAGUGGGUGGGACUGACCGAGGAAAGGAAUGCGGUGCUGGUGCCAGCCCCAGGCAGUGGGAUCCCUGGGGCACCUGCCGACUGGGUUCCACCUUCUGGAAUGGAAACCCACAUACCAGUUCUCUUCCUUGACUUGAAUGCGGAUGACCUCAGUGCCAGCGAGCAGCUCGUCGGUCCCCACGCGUCGGGUGUGAACUCCAUCCUGCCCAAGGAGCAUGGCAGCCAGUUUUUCUACCUGCCCAUCAUAAAGCACAGCGAUGACGAGGUGUCAGCCACAGCCUCGUGGGACUCCUCGGUGCAUGACUCUGUCCACUUGAAUAGGGUCACACCACAGAACGAGAGGAUUUACCUCAUUGUGAAGACCACUGUCCAGCUCAGCCACCCAGCUGCUAUGGAGUUAGUGUUACGGAAACGGAUUGCAGCCAAUAUUUACAACAAACAGAGUUUCACACAGAGUUUGAAGAGGAGAAUAUCAUUGAAAAAUAUAUUUUAUUCCUGUGGUGUAACCUAUGAAAUAGUAUCCAAUAUACCAAAGGCAACCGAGGAGAUCGAGGACCGGGAAACGCUGGCCCUGCUGGCAGCGCGCAGUGAGAACGAGGGCACGGCAGACGGGGAGACAUACAUCGAGAAGUACACGCGGGGCGUGCUGCAGGUGGAGAACAUCCUGAGCCUGGAGCGGCUGCGGCAGGCUGUCACGGUCAAAGAAGCCCUUUCCACCAAAGCCCGGCACAUUCGGAGGAGCCUCAGCACGCCAAACGUUCACAACGUCUCUUCCAGUCGACCAGACCUUUCCGGCUUUGAUGAUGAUGAUAAGGGUUGGCCAGAGAACCAGUUAGACUCGUCUGAUUACACCUCUAGUUACCAAGAUGUAGCAUGUUAUGGAACUUUGCCCAGGGAUUCAUCUCGAAGAAGCAAAGAAGGUUGUUCAUCGGAGACUCCUCAUGCCUUAACAGUCAGCCCUUUUAAAGCAUUCUCUCCUCAGCCACCAAAGUUUUUCAAACCCCUCAUGCCUGUAAAGGAGGAGCACAAGAGAAGGAUAGCUCUUGAAGCAAGACCGCUUCUCAGCCAAGAGAGCAUGCCUCCAUCUCAGGCACAUAACCCUGGCUGCACUGUCCCCUCAGGAAGCAAUGGCAGCAGCAUGCCAGUAGAGCACAAUAGCAAACGUGAGAAGAAGAUUAUUCUGAAGUUAAUCUACCUAGAGGAAUUGCACUUACUUGGAGACUCAGAGGAGGAAGAAAAUGAGCUGGAAGCUAUUAACCGGAAGCUGAUAAGUUCACGGCCUUAUAUACCUGUGGAGUUUGCUGACUUCAGUGUUUACAAUGCCAGCUUGGAGAACAGGGAAUGGUUUUCUUCUAAAGUAGAUCUGACAAACUCACGUGUCAUGGAGAAAGAAGUAUCUCGUAGCCCUACCACCAGCAGUAUCACCAGUGGCUACUUUUCCCACAGUGCCUCCAAUGCCACUCUGUCAGACAUGGUGGUCCCUACUAGUGACAGCUCAGAUCAGCUAGCCACUCAGACAAAGGAUGCAGACUCCAGCGAACAUUCCGGACCACCACUUGUGCAUGAUUUCAGGCCAUCCUCAAACAGAGAGUUGACAGAAGUAGACGGAGGCUUGGGGAAAGACAAGAUAAUCAUGGUGCCAUUCAAGGAAAACAGUGCCUUAGCCAAAGGGAGCCCAUCGUCCCAGAGUCUCCCUGAGAACUCCAGAAUGUUCUGUAGGACAGCUUCAUGUUCCGAACUGGAUGCCUGCCACAGCAAAAAUGGCCAGCUAGCCCAAGAAUUCUGCGCGAGGGAGGUGACUGUAGAACGCACCACCAACAUUCUUGAGGAUCAUUCCUUCACAGAGUUCAUGGGAGUGUCUGAGGAGAAAGAUUUUGAUGGCUUGACAGAUUCUUCUGCUGGAGAGCCUUUGAGUAGAAGAAACCUACCAAAUAGAACAGACAGGAAGAGUGUUUCAGGCAGACCACAGGACACUGAUGAGCGAGCGGCAUUCCAAGUUAGAGAAUGACCAGGGAGGCACGGACUCAAGGUGAAAAGUAGCAGGCACCUGCUCUGCUGGCCCCAGCGUGGCCGCUUUGGGAGACGCCGGCCCCACCAGCACCUUGCCACAUGCUGCAGCCCCGCCGGACCUCAGACCAGCACGGAGAGCCAGGCGCUUUCCCCUCCCCGGCGGGAGGCAGCACUUUCUCACUGGGUGAAUCACAGCCUCUGCUUUUUUCCAGAAAGCAAGAGAACUGAAAUCUUGGAUUAACUAAGUGACAGUAUUUUCGUUUGCACUUACUACACAGCUACACUGUGGAGAAACCUCUACAGAUUUCAAACAAACUUUAUUCUUGUACAGUUUUAAUCAGUUCUUACUGUAGAAUCUGGAGUCAAUGCUCUAAUGUUUUUUAUAAAUAAUAUAUAUUAUGUAUAUGAAAUGCGUAUCUAUGGCAUGUCCGGAGACAGACACAGCUGCACACUAAAAUGCAGAUAAAAGGGAUUCAUAGAAAAUCCUAAGGUACUGGACUUUUACAAAGCAACUUGAGUGAUCACUUCUAUAUGAGCAGAUGAAAAAUAUUUUAUUGCCCAAGAAUGAGGUCGCAAAUUCCCCUUUAUAGAAGGGUUAUAGAAUGCUGUUCUUUAUAACCAAAGAACUCCCACGAAACUGAACGUCUUUGCUGUCCACUCUUGUUUUGUGUGAGCAUAGAUGUUUAACUUCAAGUUUGGUGCCAAUACUUCCUUGGCUACCAGGCCACUCACUGCGGUUCUCUGUCCUGUGUCCUAAGCACACUAAGAAAUCCCACAGCUACAGUCUUUGGUCUUCCACCUGGCCCAACACCUACUGAAGACACUGUAUUGUAACAGUGACAGUGAUGGGCUCUGCCUCGAGGCCAGCGUUUCCUAUACUUGGUUCAGCCCAGCCAGGCAGGUGCAUGCAGGAGCAGUAUUACGCUAAGCAGACAUGAGGGUACCAGGGGUUGGGGUUGGGUGCUGGGGGAUCUGGGGUGGGGGUUGUGGGUUUGUUUGGGGUUGGCAGCUUUCUCUGCAGUGUGGUUUUGCUGUUGUUUUGCUUGAUUCUGAAAAAUGCUGAUGAGAUGGACUGAACUAGGAAGUUCACCAGUGCACAUAUCACAUUUGCAGGAGAUGGUUGAACACAGAAGUCCCUGCUGUCCUGUCUUCAUUUGUAAAAUUCUUCUACAAGUGGAGAUGUAGAAUCGUAUGGAAAUUUUUACAAAAGUACUUUAUGUACCUAUUCUGUAGAUGCCUGUACAGUUGGAGUGGAUGUAAACUGUAAAUGUGUUGUGAAAGGAAGAGUGAGAGAAUGUGUACAGCCUGCUGUACCUUUUCUUUAAGUUUUGAGCAUUGCUAAGUGAGCGAGAUAUUGGAGACUUUGUUGAAAAGCUGCUGUUCAUGAUUUUUGUGUAUAGUGAGCUGACUGUAGUAUUUUACUAUGUCUGUUUAAAAAAAAGAAAACUGUAAUUUAUAUCCCCUUUCAACAUUAUUGUAUUUAAUUGGUACAGAUUUGUGUGUGUGUUUUAGAAUACAAACUGUCUAAUUCAGAUUUUAAAACAUCAAUUGUUUGUCUGCAAUAACUGUGCCGUUACUUUUAGAUCCAAGUCACCAUAUUUGCAUUAAACAAUAUCAGCUAACAUUUA